UUCGUUUCAUUUCAUCAGCAGGCAGCCGAAGCAAGGCUUGGCAGAAUGGUCGGCUGUCCAGAUUACAAUUAAUUUUCCAUGAUACAUUUAAUUAACCAUCAUCGCCAUCCAAACACAACUGUGCGUUUGAUAAAUGUAUCUUCUGUUUUGGCGUCAAGAAGAGAGAGAAAAAGCGCCUUGUUCUGGAGUCUGACCGGUACAACGACACAGAUGGGACUGCACCAUAUAACAAGCAACGACGUUUCCCAUUUAAAGUUUUGGAUGAAUGCUUCAACAUAAGGAUUGUAACUGAGUUCACACGAAUAAGGGACGUGUUUCAUAUUAUUUUAUUGACACGUUUCGGGUCAAUGAAUGUGUUUUUCCAAGUGAAAACAUGGCUAGUUAGCUUCAGCUAGCUAACUCGCUAAACGGCUAACUCCAUCAGUCUGGAGCAGGGUUGAGAUGUUCGUCUAAAUUUGGACCGAAGCUAGCUAAUCCAGGUAGCUAGCUAGCCACUGACAACGUUUCUGUGACAUGCUGUCAAACCCAUUGUAUGUCGGAUUCUUUUUAUAUGGUGAUUAUUGAUUGUGCGUGUUGGGAAAACUUGCAGAUCGAAACUUUGAUCACAUUUGCUGGCGGAGUUGUGGAAACCAAUGUUUCAUUGACGUCGCAAAGUUAGCCUUCUCGCUACCAAACGUGACUCUACUAUCCUCGACCUGUCAAUGGAAUUCCGAAUGAGUCAUUUCGGGUGUUGUCCUCCAAAAUUCGAAAAGCAGGAGGGCAGCUUCUAGAAUCCUACAAAAGCUGAUUUCUCAUCCGGCUACACGUGGGAUGAGACUUAUAUCGAAAGGAAUAAAAUCUGAAUGUUUCCGAACAUGGGGUCUUUAAAAGCACUUCAAGAAUGGUGUCGGAUACAAUGCGAGAGUUACAACGAUGUAGACAUCAAGAACAUGUCAUCUUCUUUCCGGGAUGGCCUGGCAUUCUGUGCCAUAAUCCACCGAUAUAGACCGGAUUUGAUAGACUUUGACUCCCUCUCCAAAGAGAAUGUCUACGAGAACAACCGUCUGGCGUUUGAGGUGGCGGAGGAGGAGCUGGGAAUCCCUGCUCUGCUGGACCCAGAGGACAUGGUGUCCAUGAAAGUGCCUGACAGGCUGAGCAUCAUCACCUAUGUCUCCCAGUACUACAACUUCUUCACCAACAAGUCCCAUGCCAACCCCCCCUGCUUGAAGAGGUCCAGUGGUACAGGCCACAUUGAGCCGGCCCAGAAGAGACCGGUGGCCCCCCUGGAAGACAAAGUGGUUGAGCCUGAGCUGAGCCUACCUGGUCCGAUGGGUACGGACGGAGGGGUACAGGCGGGGGUGAAGCGUAGCACCCUCAGCAGCAGCUGCGCCGCCUGCCAGAGGCACGUCCACUUGGUGCAGAGGUUCCUGGUCGACGGCAAGCUCUACCACCGCAACUGUUUCAGGUGUAGGGAGUGUAGCAGCACUCUGCUGCCUGGGUCCUACAAGCUAGGAAACGAGGUCGGCUCCCUAGUCUGCACGCAUCACUUUGCCAGGUCUGCCUUAGCCAAUCAGAAUGGCCGACCGGACCUAAGCAAGCGACCGACAAUGGUUCCGUCCGUCAGGAUUGGUCGACCCAUGCUGCCUCAAACUUCUCCUCCUUCUGGGAGGGACCAGGCGGCAAAGACUCUGGCUCAAGAGACUCCGCCAGCAAAAGAGACUCCGCCCCAAGAGACGCCAGCAAAAGAGACUCCGCCCCAAGAGACGCCACAAAAAGAGACGCCGCCACAAAAUGAGACGCCACCAAAAGACACUCCGCCACAAAAUGAGAUGCCACCAAAAGACACUCCGCCACAAAAAGAGACGCCACAAAAUGAGACUCCACCAAAAGAGACUCCGCCCCAAGAGACGCCACAAAAUGAGACUCCACCAAAAGAGACUCCGCCCCAAGAGACUCCACCAAAAGAGACUCCUCCCCAAGAGGGCGUCACCAAUGAGGAUUACACCCCCACACCAACCAAUGACUCUGACUCUACACCAUAUCCUAUCUCAACGACAAAAACAGACUCUUUGAAAACAGAGAACGAGAGGGAAGACGGUGCAGGAGAAAGAGAGGUCAAACCUCCACCCUCCGUUCCUCCCAACCCUUUCGAUGACAUCGAGGAGGAGGGGGAGGAGACUCUGACAACAGCCAAAGACACAGCCAAUGGGGUUAUCCCUUCUACACCUGUCAGUCAUCUAGGACUAGGGGACAGUAAGCCAGUCCCCAUCCCUCGCCGCUUGUCACAGCCCUCCCCUCCACCUCGUCCCGCCCCCAGGGUCCGCCCACCCCGCGUUGACAACCUUGCGGUCAAUGGUGAUCGUGCUGAACACAGGAGAUGUCUUCCUCCAGCUCCCAGACCUCGAGAAAGAUCCCACUCCCCUGGAAGCUCCAGUCUCUCCAGCGACGCCCCCAAACCCCCUAACCCGCCCUGGCUGGCCCUCGUCCAAUCCCAAGAACCCAAGAAGAAACCAGCACCUCCCCCUCCCCCUGGAGUAGCCACACCCCCACACACUGGUUCGUUAUCUUCUCUAAAAGGGGAGGGCUCCAGACCACCCACGCCCCCUGCACCCGCCAACCCCUUCGAUGAGGAAGUAGAGGAAGAGGAGGUGGGGUCAGGAGAGGGGUCAGUAGGAAGUUUGGUUUCUCCCACUGUGGUGGUGAGUCAUCCGUGGUACAGCAUCUCCCAGGCUGCAGACGCUGCGGCUGACCCAGACACGCCCCCCAUUGGGGGUAUUUCCUCCCGCUCUGCAAGCCCCAAUGGCUUCAGGUGCAAGAAACGCCCGGCGCCCCCAAAGCCUGUUCCAAAGGCCCCCGGCUCUAACUCAGCCCUUCCUCACUCCCAGCCCUCCUCUUCCUCUCCCUCUCCAGCUAUUAGCAUAGAGAGCCUAUCCUCUGCCUCCGACCAUAGCUCCUCCCACCCAGCUUCCCUAGGGGGCGGAGCCACGGGCGAUCAGGACAACCCUUUCACCAAGAGCGUAUCAGAGCCCUCCAUCUGUGGGCCCUGUGGUGGCUCCACCCCCUCCACCUCAGCCAAUUGCCUCUCUCCGAGCCCCUCCCCUCCUCCCCAGCCAGCCAAUCCUAGCUCGGCUCCGGCCACUCCGCAGAGCAAUCGGAGCGCCAGGCCCCCGCCGCCAAGACCUCCAACGACACCCAGCCCCCUGGCAGCAUCAAGUGCUAUCCCAGUUCCACCCCCCAAGCGGACUUGUAAGGAAAACCCUUUCAACAGGAAAGCCUCUCCCUCCCCCGUUUCCUCCCCUAAAACCAGACCCCCUAGUGUCCCUCGCCCCGCCCGGCCCCCUGCCCCUGGACACGGCUUCCCCCUCAUCAAACGCAAGGUGCAGUCAGACCAGUACAUCCCAGCUGAGGACAUCCAUGGAGAGAUGGGAGAGCUGGAGAAACAGCUGGAUGAGCUGGAGCAGAGAGGAGUGGCUUUGGAGAGAAAACUACGCGAUAACCCCAAUGAUGAGGAGGAGGAGACUAUGCUGGUGGACUGGUUCACUCUGAUCCAUGAGAAACACCUGCUGGUGCGCCGCGAGGCUGAGCUGGUCUACACGGCCAAGCAGCAGAACCUGGAGGAGAGGCAGGCUGAUGUAGAGUAUGAGCUGAGAUGUCUUCUUAACAAGCCAGAGAAAGACUGGAAUGAGGAGGACAAGGGCAGGGAGCAGGAGCUGAUGACAGAGCUGGUCACCGUCAUCGAACAGCGGAACCAAAUCAUCAACAACAUGGAUCAGGACAGGCAGAGGGAAGAGGAAGAGGAUAAGCUGGUGGCGACCAUGUUGAAGAGAAAAGACUUCCAGAAGGAGCCAGCAGCAGAGGGCGAGCAGCAGCAGCAGCAACAGAAGAAGAAGAAGAAGAAGGAGAAGUUUAAACCCAUGAAGGUUCUGAAGAGGUUGAGUGUGAACCAAGGAAAAGGUGGCAGCCCACGCAAGGAGAUGGCAGAGAAGGACAAGAGCUGAACAAGGUAUGGAAGGAGGGAGGUGGAUGAUGGAUAGAGGAAAAGGAAGAGGGAUACCAUCCUUUACAGGGGGACAUAUCAGAUGGAAAGAGCAAGGAAACGGCAGAUGAAUGCAAAACACAGUGAGAAGGAAAAACAACCCAGGAUUCUCACAGCUAUGUGAAAGACUGUAAUGUGUGCAACCUGCAAUCUGCUCCUCCCUCCUCUUACUGUAGCAUAUCCUUCUAAUCGCUCCUCCCUCCUCUUACUGUAGCAUAUCCUUCUAAUCGCUCCUCCCUCCUCUUACUGUAGCAUAUCCUUCUAAUCGCUCCUCCCUCCUCUUACUGUAGUAUAUCCUUCUAAUCGCUCCUCCUUCCUCUUACUGUAGCAUAUCCUUCUAAUCGCUCCUCCCUCCUCUUACUGUAGCAUAUCCUUCUAAUCGCUCCUCCCUCCUCUUACUGUAGCAUAUCCUUCUAAUCGCUCCUCCCUCCUCUUACUGUAGCAUAUCCUUCUAAUCGCUCCUCCCUCCUCUUACUGUAGCAUAUCCUUCUAAUCGCUCCUCCCUCCUCUUACUGUAGUAUAUCCUUCUAAUCGCUCCUCCCUCCUCUUACUGUAGCAUAUCCUUCUAAUCGCUCCUCCCUCCUCUUACUGUAUCAUAUCCUUCUAAUCGCUCCUCCUUCCUCUUACUGUAGCAUAUCCUUCUAAUCGCUCCUCCCUCCUCUUACUGUAGCAUAUCCUUCUAAUCGCUCCUCCCUACCAGAGUAUGUGAGCAGAGUUAAGCGGUUGGAAAUCCGGCUUGUGCUGGCGAUCCACCUCUUUUCAACUGCUCCGCUAAAAAACCCUUCUGCGCUCACAGGACAAAAAAUGGGCGCUCCAAAUUCGCCCCAUUCGUUAAAAUCACAAUUUAACCAACACCCAUCUAUUUUUGUGACUACCUUGACUUACCAUUUGGUAUUCAAGUAAUGAAACCAAACCAUAUGAUUUGAAUGAAAAGUAUUUGAAUAAACAAAUACGUUGGAAUAUGCCAAGCCUAUUUCUUUUUGCAUGUGCAUAUGGUAAGUACACCAUCAUGCUUUCGGGAUGCGUGUCUUUUCAGAUUACACGAUUUCAUUCUUUAGUUGUGGACGCUACAUCGCCGCAAUCCCUCUCUUGCUCUUGGUCCACAUCUUGUAAGUCACCUUGAUUCACCUCUCACAUACUCUGCUCCCUACUGUAGCUCCUCGCUCCACUCCGCUCAGAUACUCUGCUCUCUACCGUAGCUCCUCGCUCCACUCCGCUCACAUACUCUGCUCCCUACCGUAGCUCCUCGCUCCACUCCGCUCACAUACUCUGCUCCCUACCGUAGCUCCUCGCUCCACUCCGCUCACAUACUCUGCUCCCUACCGUAGCUCCUCGUUCCAUUCCACUCACAUACUCUGCUCCCUACUGUAGCUCCUCGCUCCACUCCGCUCACAUACUCUGCUCCCUACUGUAGCUCCUUGCUCCACUCCGCUCACAUACUCUGCUCCCUACUGUAGCUUCUCGCUCCACUCCGCUCACAUACUCUGCUCCCUACUGUAGCUCCCAUGAUGCUCUUUCAAAUACAGCCACUCCAAUGCGUUCUGUACUGUGUAUAUAUUUGAAGUUGCCUUUGUGUGAAGAGAAAGUUAAGAGAACUCAACUGCUUUAAGACUAAAACCUUAAACAUCUGAAGACUGAAUUGAAGAGGAGGUAUAUUUUCUGUAGAUUUGAGGUUCAGCGCAAAAUGUUGUUUCUUCUGUCCCUUUUCAUUAUUACAUUGCACAUUGUGACCCAGGCCUUUUUUAAAUCGGCUUUUAACAAAGAUAUAAAUACUAUGACUGCAGGUUUCUUACCAUUCAUCAGUCUCUUAUCAUGGUAGAAACCAAGGAAGAACACUCCCUCAUCUCCUGCUUAUUCAGUGGUCCUAAGGUUUCCCCUUUGUUCAUGGACACUGCCUAUGUCUCAUUGUCUGUAGAUUGGAUACAGAACGAAGAGUUGUGUGUGUCUGUCGGUUGUCUGGUUUGAGUCUGUGGUACUUCUGAACUAUUGUGAAUCUUUUUUAAAAGAGGAACCCGUUGUUGUGAGUAAAUACUGCCAGUUAAGAUGGAGUAAUGACAACCCAAAUAAUUACUCUAGCUUUUAGCGAAAAGGUUAUUUCUUAACUAGCUACUUACCAUGUUUUCCAAAUCACUGACUAUUGUACUGUAGAUAUUAUAUUGGACUGUAGAUAUUAUGUUGGAUAAUCACGGGUCUGAGAAUGAGACAUAAGACAGACAGGUAAGAAAUAGUUCAGAUGGAAUGUAAGUAAUGACUUAAAACAAGGAAUGUAAAGCAGUGUAUUUGACUAACAUAGUUGUAUCAUGACAGGUCACUGACUUAAUAGUAUUACAGAAUCUGACCAGAUUUACAACGAAACAAGUGUGAACAGUUCUAGGGGCUACAUUAUACAUUAAGGAUUGUAAUAAAUAUAUAUAUAUAUAUGCAUAUAAUUAUUACAAUCCUUAUUGUGUAUUGUAGCCCCUAGAACUGUUCACACUUGUUUAGUUUGUAAAUCUCAUAUAUAUGUGUGCAUGCAGUGAGUGUACAAAAUAUUAAGAACACCUUCCUAAUAUUGAGUUGCACCCCCUUUUGCCCUCAGAACAGCCUACAUUCGUCGGGGCAUGGUCUCUACAAGGUGUCGAAAGCAUUCCACAAGGAUGCUGGCCCAUGUUGACUCAAAUGCUUCCCACAGUUGUGUUAAGUUGGCUGGAUGUCCUUUGGGUGGUGGACCAUUCUUGAUACACACGGGAAACUGUUGAGCGUGAAAAGCCCAGCAGCGUUGCUGUUAACACAAACCGCCACUUAAAUAUGUUCUUGCCCAUUCACUCUCUGAAUGGCACACAGACACAAUCCAUGUCUCAGUUGUUUCAAUGCUUAAAAAUCCUUCUUUAACCCGUCUCCUCCCCUUCAUUUACACUGAUUUGAAGUGGAUCUAACAAGUGUCAUCAAUACGGGAUCAUAGCUUUCGCCUGGUCAGUCUAGGUCACGGAAAGAGCAUGUGUUCCUAAUGUUUUGUACACUCUGUGUAUAUAAAUUCCGUAGAUAUCUUUUUAACAAUGUAGCAAACUAUUAGUACCUACCAGUUUAUCAGUUUAACUGUUUGGGAAAGUCUGCAAAAUAUGCAAAUCUUUUUAAUUUAUAUAUUUUACAAUGCCUUUGACUCUGUAAACGCUGUCUAAUUCCAUUGAGUUUUGCCUUAAUUUAGAAUCUGCCGUCAAAGUCGAUAGCACUAUGAGAUCCGUUUAUGUUAAGAGUGCCCUUAUUUAAAUGUAUUCGUCAAUAAGUCUCGUUUUUGUCCGGAGUUAAACCGAAUGUCUUGUUAUAGUCUGUCCGUAUAUAUUGUCUCGUACACGAUCUUGUCUUCCAUUCAAAAUGGCUGCUUGUGUGUUUGUGCCUCUUCUUCCUAUUUAAAAACUCACACCAAGGGCUUCUGUAGAGCUAUGUUGAAACAUGGUCCUAAAGAAACAACAGGAUCACAUUGAAAUCUGGGAGACUGAGAAAUAAAACAUAUUAAUGCC